AUGACUACUGAGAAAGGAACACGAAAUCUUCAACAACGUAUUUCACGCAUCACAGAUAUGACUGAAGGAUUUUACAACACAUUCUCAACUAUAAAUGACUACCAAGAAAUGCCACUUGUCCCACUCGAUAUUGCUAUAGAACCAUUAAUAUUUUUAUUACCUAAUAUUGAGAAUUGUGCAGUACAUGCUAUAGAACAAUGCAAAAAUCCACCUGCAGAUGGACUUACAAAAGAUAUGUCUGGUGCAAUCCGACUCUAUUCGAUGGAAGAACAGUACCAAGGUGAACCUCUAUAUGCUAUAUUGAACCGUAUUCUACGGACAGAAGAUAGACAACAACUUAAGCCAUGGCUAUUCUAUCUUAAACUAUUACAUACUGCACUUUCACGACUUCCAUCCAUUCGUCAAGUUGCCUAUAGAGGAGUCAAAUUAGACUUAAGUAACGACUAUAGCACUGCGAAAAAAGUGACAUGGUCAAGCUUUUCAUCGUGCACUGGCUCAACUACUGUUUUACAGUCAGAACAGUUUUGUGGCAUGACGGGUCCAAGAACAAUAUUUACUAUCGAUUGUUGUUCAGGCAGAAACAUUCGUAAUCAUAGUCAUUAUCCAUUCGAAGAAGAAAUACUUCUUCUUCCUGGAACUGAAUUGGAAGUUACUGGUUUCCUGAAACUAGCUGACAAUAUUCACAUGAUUCAACUAAAAGAAAUUGAAGCAGCUCGUCUUUCAUCGUCACUACUACCUCCUCGUGAUUUCAUCAAGUCAAACUGGGGUAAACAUCGAUUACGAUUUAAAAUUGAAAAAUCUUCUACAUGGAUUUUCAUUGGUAUAAUUUCUAAAACUACUCCAAUGAAAGAAAACUCUUAUAAAUCUUUAACAUCUUAUGGUUGGGUAUCUCAAGAUCAUUCUUAUGCUGGUGGUUGGACGCGAAAAAAAAAUGAUAUAUUUUCUACAUAUAAUAAUCUUCUGGAAAAUGAUAUCAUUGAACUUGUAAUUGAUGUCACAACACAAACACUUCAUUAUACUAAUCAGCGCAUGAAUAAACCACAAAAGAUGACAGUAGAUAUAAGUAAAUGUCCAUUACCUUGGCAAAUAUUGAUCAAUCUUAGUGGCUACAAUGAUCGGAUAAGACUCAUAAGUUAUACAAAUUUAUUAUGA